UUGAAGGUUUGGUAUAAAAGACAGUGUUAUAAUAACAGCAUCCCAUCGCUCUGUGUACAGGUGACGAAUUUUAAUUUAAAAAGGGUUUUAAGUGGCGUGUUGGUUUUUGCAUGGUUUGUGUCAAAACCAGGACAUGAUAAUUAAGAUUUCAGCAGCUUUAUGCUGCUUGAUAGCAGCAAAUUAUGCUGCAAUAGCUCCCGGUCAGAAUGCUUAUCUUCCUCCAAAAGAUGGAUACAGAUAUGAGAAACCCUCAGUGCCAUUUCCUCCACCUCAACCUCCAAGACCUCCGUCUCCUCCAACUCAACCGCCAUACAGGCCACCAGUGCCAACUCAACCUCCUUACAGGCCACCAGCACCCACACAGCCCCCUUACAGGCCUCCAGCACCCACACAGCCCCAUUACAGGCCUCCAGCACCCACACAACCCCCUUAUAGACCUCCAGCACCAACUCAACCUCCUUAUAGACCACCAGCUCCCCCACAACCUCCCAGACCAACUUAUGGUCCGCCAACAUCACCACCGUACAGACCUCCAGCACCUCCAACUCAGCCUCCAUACAGACCCCCAGCUCCUCCAACUCAACCCCCUUACAGACCCCCAGCACCACCAACUCAACCUCCUUAUAGACCACCAUCGCCACCACAACCACCUAGACCAACCUAUGGUCCUCCAACAUCACCACCGUACCGACCUCCAGCACCUCCAACUCAACCCCCAUACCAACCUCCAUCAAGACCGCCACCAGCGACUGUACCUCCAAAGUUUAGACCAACUCCACCUCCACAACCACCAACCGGACCACAAUACUUGCCACCACAACGACCAGGACCUCCAACACCACCUCCUUACAGGCCUCCUUCUCCACCAAGUCCGCCUCCGUAUAGACCACCAUCACCACCAACACCACCUCCGUACAGGCCUCCGGCACCUCCAACUUCUCCACCUUAUCGACCUCCAUCUCCACCAAGUCCACCGACAUAUAGGCCUCCAACACCAACUUAUGGGCCACCAACACCUCCACCUUACAGACCUCCAUCUCCACCAAGUCCACCAACACCCCCACCUUACAGACCGCCGUCUCCACCAAGUCCACCAACACCUCCACCAUACAGACCAGGACCAUCACCAACACCGCCACCAUACAGACCAACUCCUGGACCUAGACCUUUGCCAGGACCAAGUCCUGGAGGAGAUGGAUCUGAAACCCACGAUCAUCAUCACCACAUGCCUGGAAUGCCUUUUGAUUUCAGUUAUGCUGUUAAAGAUGAUCACUACGGUAACGAUUACUCCCAUAAUGCCAUUAGUGACGGAGAUCAAACUAAAGGGGAAUACAGGAUACAACUACCUGAUGGUAGAACCCAAGUGGUUAAAUAUACAGCUGAUUGGGCAACUGGUUUCCAUGCCCAGAUAAGUUAUCAAGGACAACCAACUUAUCCACAAUAUCCGGGACGUCCUAGUGGUCCAGUCCCUAGUGGACCAUCAUACCCAAGUGGACCAUCAUACCCUAGUGGACCCAGCAGACCCAGCGUUCCUUCAUACCCUAGUGGUUCAAGCAGACCACCAUCAUUCCCAAGCGGACCCACUGGUUACCCCAGUGGCAGACCAACCGGACCUUCAUUCCCUAGCACACCUAGUAGACCUAGCACCCCAUCAUUCCCUAGUAGACCUAGCACUCCUUCUUUCCCCAGCACACCCAGCAGACCUAGCCCAUCAUUCCCUAGUACACCUAGCAGACCUAGCACCCCUUCGUUCCCUAGCCCUCCAAGUAGACCUCCUUCCUUCCCUAGUCCAUCCCCUGGUGGUUACCCCAGUGGACGACCUGCAGGUCCCUCGUUCCCAACCCCAAGUAAACCAUCGUUCCCUGGUACAAGUACGAACCAAAUCAACCAACAAUACGCUCCUGAUGGUGGAUACAAAUACUAAAUACGAUCAAGACACGACAAAUCCACACUGCCUUAACGAGUGUUCAAAUGAAUUCAAGUUGCAAUAGUUUUUAAUCGCUUUUUAGCAAAACUUGUGAUGCAAUUUUUUGUUACCCUUUGUACAGGCAAAUCUUAGAUUAAUGAUUGUAUAUUUUAGAGUUUCAUCUAUUUAUUUUAGUACUUAUUUUUUGAUGUGAAUACUCUGCAAAUCACUUGAAUGAAGAAUUUGCCUCUAGAUGCUAAACGUUUGUACGGUCAGUUAUACAGUAGUUUUUUCUAAAAUGUUUCUAUUUAUUCUUCGAUAUUGUAUCAUAUUGUAAAAUGUAUUAUAAAAUAAACUUAUUUUUAUACUGAUAA